AGCUCCUCGCCCUAGCUCCGCCUCUCCCCGGCUGCCUGAAUGUUAUAAUGGGCUGGUCUGAACGUGGUGGGGAGAGAGCGAGCCACGGCGGGAGAGAUAAUGACAGUCACCCUAACAAGCGUGACAGCCCGGCGAGGAGCCCGCUGAGAGCGCCCGGGAAGCAGCAGGUCGGAGCAGCGCAGCGCAGCGAGGGCCAGCCCCCGGGGUUCAUGGCUCGGGGCACCCGCGCGCAGGGACCUUAGGAGCGUCUCCAGCAGAAGGACAAACUUGGAGAAGCCGGCUGCUCAGGACCCCGGCCCAGGCGCACUGAGUGACUCGAUUAUUGCUACUCUUCCUCCUCCGUCCUGUACCGCCCUGCGACCCCCUCACCCCAUCCCCCGGGCAGCCACAGCACAGUGGGGUGGGCAAGGGAAUCGGGGCGUCCCUCUGAAGAGAGCGGGGGAGAGAAGGAAGACCCCCACUCUUCUCCCUUAUACUCCAAGUGGACCUCCCCCUCCUCAAAAAGAGUGUAAGGCUGAAGAGCGGAGAGUGAAGCCCCUGUGCAGCUGCCCAGGAGCAGGGGCAGGGAGGCAGCCCCGCUCCCCCGGGGGCCGCGCCAUGAAGCUGGCGGGGGGGCUGGCGGUCCAGGACGACGACCAGGAAGGCGGCGGCAGCAUCGCGCCGUCCCCGCUGGCGGCCGAGAGCGAGCUGGGCUCGGACGGCGACUGCGCGGCGCACACCUACUCCUACAUCGCGCUCAUCGCCAUGGCCAUCCGCGACUCGGCGGGAGGGCGGCUCACGCUGGCCGAGAUCAACGACUACCUGAUGAGCCGCUUCCCCUUCUUCCGCGGCGCCUACACGGGCUGGCGCAACUCCGUGCGCCACAACCUGUCCCUCAACGACUGCUUCGUCAAGGUGCUGCGCGACCCGGCGCGGCCCUGGGGCAAGGACAACUACUGGAUGCUCAACCCCAGCAGCGAGUACACC